AUGUCGGGCUCCGACGUUCACCUCUAUACUACCCAGACGCCCAACGGCGUGAAAAUCUCGAUCGCUCUUGAGGAGCUUGGUCUGCCAUAUGAGUUCACGAAGAUCGACAUCUCAAAGAACACUCAGAAGGCAUGCACUAUCCCGAUGCUGGCUUGUAAAUGGUAUCAGGAUCUAUCAACUGACUCAACAUCGCAGGAACAAUGGUUUCUCGACAUCAACCCCAACGGACGUAUCCCGGCAUUGACAGACAAAUUCACUGAUGGUAAGACCAUCCGUCUUUUCGAAUCCGGCUCCAUCAUGCAGUAUCUUGUGGAUCGCUACGACAAAGACCACAAGAUUUCAUUUCCUCCAGGAAGCCCCCGCUAUGCACCAGAGCACAUCGAAUACGGCGUGAACAGGUACCAAAACGAGACCCGGCGUCUCUACGGCGUCCUGGACAAACAUCUAGCAGACGCCAAAACCGACUACAUCGUUGGCAACAAAUGCACCAUCGCUGACAUUGCCCACUGGGGCUGGAUCUCCGCGGGCCCAUGGGCUGGUGUAGAGGUCGAGCAUUACCCGCACUUGAAGGCAUGGGAGGACAGGAUGUGGGGGAGACCCGCGGUGCAGAAGGGAGCGAAUGUGCCAGAUCCGUAUAAGAUGAAGGAGCUGCUUGCUGACAAGGAGAAGAUGGAGAAGCAUGCUGCUCAGUCCAGGGCGUGGGUGCAGCAGGGGAUGAAAGAUGAUGCCGAGAAGAACAAGGCUCGUACGCAAAAGUGA